AUGGAAGGUUCUUCUGCAAACGUCGUGUACCGCCAGUCGUGGAACAACUUGGUGGAUUUGCCGGCCAACUUGCUGUCGUUGCUCUACAACGCCAAUGUGUCUCCGCAAGAAGUGGUGGUUGAGCUUGUCACUCAGGCUCAGAACAAGUGCUAUGUCGGCUGGUCAGGAAUGAGUGCUGGCGGAGCCCGCAACUUGGGGAUCGAUUCUAUCUUUGCUCAGCUGUUGCGUUUGGCCGAGAAGCAGCUUGUCACAGUAAACGUCAAGAUCAGAAAUUUCAAGGCUAACUCCAUCUUCUUGGAGCCGGAGCAGGCUUCAGACUGGGAGCUUGUGGAACUUCACGCAGCGUACAUCGAGUCCAAAUUGAUUGAGCAGUCUCGUUGUGUAGCCGUGGGUCAGGUUUUGGUGGUGUAUCCGACGAAAACGUCGUCGGUGAAGCUCCAAGUGAAGGACAUUGGGUCGAAAGAGCACUCAUAUGCUAUUAUAGAUCCAUUUGCCGAGAUAAGCAUAGCCCCAAAGCUCAGAGAAAAGAAAAGAUCCUCCUCACAAUCAGUCAAGUCCGGCAGAUCGUCGAGAUCGACCAUUGAUGAGUCUGCGUUGGGGCCUUCGGUGUUGAAGAGAGGCAUUGCGCUUCCGAAUGGCCUUUUCCAAGCAGACCACUCGACGUACGAAGGUUACACCCUUCACGUCAACUUUGAGGAAGUGUUACACUUUUUCAAUAGAGCUGAAUUUGUCACCGUAUCGGUCCUCCCUGGGCCAGACACAAAAAUCAACGCUGCGCCCACUGAAAACGCCCCCGAACAUCAGAAUGAUGACAAAAAGAAGGACAAAUCCAGUACAAAACUCACUGAAAACAAGACUAUCGUUGCUAAAUUGGUCAACUCCCCUAAAUGCCCUGCCGAUUCGGUGGGGCUCAGCAAGAAGCUAGCGAUCGCACUCAAUGUGGAAAACAAGAUUGGAUUCAAAGUUGCUUUAAGACAGGCCCCUAAGCAUGUUUCCAAACGUCCCUCCACACUCAUAAUUCACCCAUACAUCACCCAGACAAAGAAAACAGACUCGAUACAACUCAACUCGUCUGCGAAGACCCAAAUGAAUCAGACAUUAUCACAAAAUAUCUCCAAAAUUCUAUUCGAUCCGGACCAGUCAAUCACAAAAUCACCAAUAACAAACUUCAUGAAAUUACCGCCAAUUCCUGGUUUACUUCCUCUUGGGGUUAUAUUGGAAUUCAAAAAGAACAGCGACACGCAGGCAUAUAUAAAGCCUUUUGAGCUCAACAAGUCGAAGUCACCGCCAAAGAUUGAGAUGGGUGACGAGGUGUUGCGAAGCGCAUCAUUCCUAGAAACUGAAAAAGAAGAGGAGUUGGAUGAAGUCUAUGGCUCAAAUGAUGUCAUCAAUGAGAUCGUCGACUAUGUCACUACGUUUCCAAACUCUGGAAUAAUGCUCCACGGCACCUCAGGGAGCGGCAAAAGCUUGCUUCUUAAAUGGAUUGCUCGUAAAGUUGGUCUACAGCAUGGAUUCCACACUAAAUUCGUGUCUUGUGAAUCAGUGAUGAAUGAAAACCAAGAUCAAUUGACUGCAAACAUUUCAAAGUGGAUUCAAGAAUGCUCGUGGAAUGAUCCAUCGGUCUUGAUCUUAGACAACCUAGAUAAGUUAUUACCUGCCGAGGUUGAACAGGGCGACUCUACUUUGUCAAAUCAAUUAUCUGAGUUCCUUGUAUCUCAGUUUCAAAAAGUGCAUGCUCAAAAUAAUAGCAACUUGUCUCUCAUCGUUUCUGGUGUUUCUAAAGAAUCCUUCAACAAGCUUUUGGGAUCAAUGCAUCUCAUAGAAUCAUAUCAUCACUUGAGCCCGCCACAGAAGGCAGCUCGCGCUACAAUUUUAGAAGAGUAUUUGGUCAAAAAGUUGGGCUGUAACGUUGAGUUUGACAUCAUGGAUAUUGUAUCUGAAACUGAGGGAUACCUUCCCAAUGACUUGAAAUUGUUGAGUGAUAGAAUUUUCCAUGAAAGCUUAUUCAAUGCCGCUUCGGCCGAGAACAAGAACCGCUAUACUGUUGACAAAAAGGCUUUUGAGAAGGCGCUUCUGGGCUUCAUGCCUUCCAACUUGAGAGGGGUCAAGUUACAGAAAUCUUCAACAAGUUGGUCAGAUAUUGGUGGAUUGACAGAGGCGAAGCGGGUACUUCUAGAAACAUUAGAGUGGCCAACAAAGUAUGCACCAAUCUUCGCUAGUUGUCCUCUACGUUUGAGAUCCGGUAUUUUGCUUUAUGGAUACCCUGGUUGUGGCAAAACUCUUCUUGCCAGCGCCAUUGCCGGUCAGUGUGGCCUCAAUUUUAUUUCUAUCAAAGGUCCAGAAAUCUUGAACAAAUAUAUUGGUGCUUCUGAGCAAUCUGUUAGAGAGCUUUUUGAGCGUGCUCAAUCAGCAAAACCAUGCAUCCUUUUUUUCGAUGAAUUCGACUCCAUCGCUCCCAAAAGAGGUCAUGACUCGACAGGUGUCACCGAUAGAGUCGUCAACCAGAUGUUGACGCAAAUGGAUGGUGCAGAGGGGCUCGAUGGUGUGUACGUAUUGGCGGCAACCAGUAGACCGGACUUGAUUGAUUCUGCCUUGUUACGACCAGGCCGUCUUGAUAAAAGUAUUAUCUGUGAUAUGCCUAAUUAUGAAGACAGACUCGAUAUUCUUAAAUGCAUCAGCGCCAAGAUGGAUUUAAGCAAAAACGUGAAUCUUGAAAGUAUUGCCCAACAGACGGGUGGUUUCAGUGGAGCUGAUAUGCAAGGUUUGGGAUACAAUGCAUAUUUGAAGGCUGUACACGAGAAGUUGGCAGCUACUGAGGCACUCACAGUUGAUACUAGCAAUGAUGACAAGUCGUAUGACUUCUUUCAGGUCAGCUCUGAAAAACUCAAGAAUAAGAACCUUAGACCAGCAGAGAAGGUGAAGAUACUUCAGCAGAUCGAAAAGUUAUUCGAUGAUAAAGACGCGAACAGGAAGGUUAACAACACAGCGAAGAGUUCAGAACAAUCAAAGGUGGUCCUCACUCAGGAGCACUUUUGGAGAGCUUGA